CUCGCUAUGCCCAGACACGCCGACAAAAUAGGUUCUCUCUUGUUCUGCCCGGAUUGCGGAACUCUGCUCAACCUUCCCCAGGAUGGCGAAGACGAGGUGACAUGCGAACAAUGCGGCCACCAAGAGCCUGCCAGCUCGUACGAAAAUAUUGAAAUUGUGACACGAUCCCACCCGGACGCAUUCCCGUCGCCACUACGGCAGAAGGGGAAGACGCAGACGAAGGUGCACGAAGCCAACGAAGCGCUGCUCAAGGUGACCGAGAAAUGCCCGGAAUGCGGACACAUGGAAGCGUACUCGCAAGAAGCUCAGCUGAGAAGCGCGGACGAGGGAUCUACGAUAUUCUAUACCUGUGUCAAGUGCAAAUUUGGCUGGCGCGUCAACAACUAAGUGUAUUCCAAGGGGGCGCCUCCGUGUGCGAGGUGGAGCAUGGUUGGAUACCUCCGGGUUGCGGCUAUACGUACACACCGACGGUGCAGAACAUGGCGACGACGCCGAAACCGGCGAGGAUGCUGGCGAGGGAGGCGACGGCGACUUCACGGAUAGGGACCUUGUCUGUCGGGAGUCUACAAUGUACAGGUCCACAUCAGCUGUGUAGCGCAGGAA